AUGACUGCCUUGCGAGGCGCCUGCGCCUCUGCAGAGAUCGCAGCGCUGCUCGCGUGUGGCAGUGAGUACGUCAAGAAGGGUACACAAACUCUAUCCAUUCCGUCGGUUUACGCAACACUGGACGCCUUGGAGUGCCUCUGGCAGGCACAGAGGGUGCAAAAGCAUCUUUCUGACGUUGGCCGUACACAGGGGUUGCGGCACUACCAUGCUGUGUACCAGGCGAGUGCGCGGUGUGUACCUCUGUCACCGGCUCGCUGGGAGCAGUGGCUUGCUGGACUGAGCUGGCAGGUGGAGCAAUCCACGUUGAGUUCCGGCUCGGCUGCGCUCUCUGACCCCAGUUCUCCGCAAGUGCAAAGGGUGCAGGCAGAGCUUGUCGCCUCCUAUUGGCAGCUGUAUCGGCGACUCUGCUGGGGCAGCUGUGGCGCGGCAAAGGCUGGACUCGCCGCAGCGCUGGAUUACGCCGAUAGCGCAGCAUCGAUGCUUCCAAUCAUGGCGACCACUGAUACUGCACCACUUUUUGUGGAGCAGGAGGCGGCACUGGCGAAGCCUCUGCAGGCGUUUGCGCGUCUCUCUGCUGAAUCAGCCCACUUGUUCGCUGAUUACGCGCUGAUUGGGAGGGUGGAGCGGCUGUGGCUCAGCGAAAGGGUUCUGCCGGCUCUCGGCGAACCUGCCGAGCCUUUUGUCGAGACACUCGUGCGGCGAUCAUUCAAACGAGACUUGCAGGUGCCGUCUGUGGCACUGCCUGACCUGCUCCGUGAGUACGAAGAGAGCGAAGUUAAUGAGCACAAAGUCAAGGGCAUCCUCGCUGUUGGGCAGGCGGCGCAGUGCUCCUCCUGGAUGCGCACUGCGGCUGCCCUGCACGCCUACAAGACACGUUUCAUCGCAAAGACUGGCUCCACAGUUGCUGAUGGAAUGCGAGAAGCAUCACCGCCUCCUCGGGAUACUCAACUAAAGGAGUUGGAGGAAGACCUGCUAAACACUCUGAGAAAGCUUCCGGAAGGACAGGGGUUCCUUCCUGCGCUGGGACUUCUUAUGCAGGGGCUUCUGGAGGAGAAGGGCGACACGCCCGAACCUCUCGGGCCGUGCCGCGGCCUGAACGGUUCACAGACCUACUUUUAUCUUCAUCUGCUGCACCAGUGGUUUGCAACGUACAUCAGCUCCCAUCACCGGUGGUCCGUGACGGACAUGUUUACUGCCCAAGACGAUGCGGACUUGUGGAUGUUUCUGCUCGAUCGUCAUGCCGUGUGUCUCACGUGGGCUUUGAUGACGGAGCAGCCAGCUUUGCAGGACCCGGCGGUGUGUACGCAUGUUGAGGCGCAGCUGGGCUACUUGAAUGGGAUUGCGAUCAGUGUCGAUAAACUGCGCGCUAUUUUCUACUCGGUGGUACACUGUGCGCAGCUCUACCACGUGUCUUCUUCUGCCUUCACCAAGACGGAAAAGCGUGAGGCGCGAUUGAGGACGGCUGCUGCGGCUACACACUCGUGGAUGAAGGAAAUUGGUGUAGAGACGUUCUGCCGCGCGCUUCUGAGUGAUUUGUUUGACGCGACAGCGCAGUGGGAGGAGGCACAAGGACACUGCGAGGCGCUCGUGCAGCAACGUGCGCUGCUGGUAGAGGCGGAGCUGAAGUUGAUUCUUUACGACACCAUGACGAUGCUACAGUGUCCGGAGCAAUCAACAGAGCGGCUGCAGAAACUUGUGGAAGCUGCGCUGGACAUGUGCGACGUCCGCGGAGGGUCUGAAGGAGGGCCCAGCGGUCGUACGUGCUACGAGCAGAGAGACCUGGGGCUUCCUGUUGUUGGGAUUGUCGGACGUUGCGUUCAUCGAAUUUCUGCUAGUUUGCGUUGCGAAGUUGCCGCCGCCGCAUUCCACGUGACCGAGGCGCAGGCAGACCUCUAUCGGAGGGCUGUGCUGUGGUUGAGGAGGGGUCUUGGCGCGACGGUUGCCAUGGGUGGUGACCCCAGCGCCCUGUGGGACGAGUGGGCGAGGUUGGUUUCGAUCCCGGUUUGUGCGCCUGAGCCGCACUCGAGCGGGGAAUUACCUCGUGCGGUUUACCCUCCUCCAUUUUUGGGCUACGCUGCUCCGACAACGGCGCGAGGACGUACGUCGCGUCAAGCAGCGGCGUGUGGUGGGCUCGACGAGUUGUGUUGGGAGCGCCGCACUGUUGCGAAAGCCCUUCGGAAAGAGACGACCACAGGCAUGAGCAGGGUCGACAGUGGCGACGAUCACGCGUCAUUCGUCAUCGACACAGUAGGAUCCAGGGAGAAAGAGCCGCAAGAGAACCCGCUGAAGAGGGCACGAGCGGAGUGA